UAUAUAUAUGUGCUCACCAAACAACAUUAGUAAACCCAAAAGUAAUUAGUCCCUAAAGGGGACCCUCGUUCCAACAGCUGGUAUCAAAGCCUAAUUCGAAUAAAAAAUGGUUGACUAUUGAGUAGACCCUCGUUCCGAAACAUCGGGAUUUGAGAUAAGCAUAUGGUGGAUGUUUAUCUAGCGAAUCAAAGAUUCACUUAUGAGUUAUGACAGAUCAACCUAUAUAUACAUAUGAUAGAUCCUUGUAUCGAGCAUAGUCUGCGAUACAAGUUGUCAUAACUGUUGAUGGGAGGACAAAGUUCAUGGUCCUAUAUCUUGAGGGGCGGUUGUUAAGAGACAAUUGAAGCACCAGAUUGUGUAUACAAGAGAAAUGACUUGAUUUUACUAAAAUCUAUUAGUAUAAGAAUUUCGAGAGAAAACUCAAAGAUAUCGAGUGGAAUUGAUCCAAGGCGAAUAAUAUCAUACUACGAAACACACGAUCCAGUAUACAUCGUAGAGAAAGAUGAAAGAUGAAGUCACUAUGUCCAACAUCAAUGUUAGAGAUAAAUAUCACGAAGUGUAAUUACUAAUUAUAGAAAUUGUAAUGCAACAUGGAUAUUAGACCAUUUGUGUAAGAAACCAUUUUUUUUUAUAUAAGAAAUAUUCAAGAAAAAAGGAGGCCAUGAAGCUCACUUCUUGUCUGCUCGCCGACCAAUACUUUGAACCAGUGGCAGCUUUUGCGCAUGUAUCCCCACUACUCAUCGCUCUCGUUUCCCUCAGCACAAAAAACCAGGCACGAUCAUAUCCUUACAAAACACCCCCAAUAUUUUUUCCUUGGUGAACUGAAAACCCCUAAUGUUCAUUGACCUCACUAAAUUCAAAGCACAUGACCGAUCCAAACAAUAUAUAUAAAAAAAACGGUUGUUUCUAAGUUCUACUAAAGAAAAAAGAGGGUUGCUAAUACAAUUUUGAUUUUGUAUUUCAAUCCAAACCAAGUCAAGGAAGGUUAUCAAACAAACUCUUGAAGACUCAUGCCGGGUUUUGCACUCGAUUCAAGGGGAAUUGAUGCGUCAAGUGGUAACUGAUGUCGAGUAUAUAUAAGUUGGUUGAUCUUCUUCCAGAAUCAAAACACUAUUAUUCGUGAGUGCAUAGAAAUAUAUGAAUGGAUUGUGAAAGUAAAAAACAAUUUACCAUAAGCACACAUCCAUUUUAUGAUCACAUGAUUCGUAACACUCAAUUAAUACAAAAAUGUCUACGAUAUAACCAAAUUAAUGAAAUCCCAAGCGUCAAUCAUUGAAUUAAGUAUCUGUGAUUUACAAAUUUUAAGUAUAAUACCAAAAAUUAAUACAUACCAACCCUUAUCUUAAAACUACAGUAAAAAAAGAAUUUUUCUAAUUAGGAUAUUCAUCGUAGGGUUCCGAACUUAUCAUGUCGUCCUUGUAUUCUAUCUCUAUAUAUAUGCCAACAAAUGCACACGGCUGGUGAGAAAAGAGAGUACAGUCUCCUCAGAAAUCAUCAGAAACCACAGACUUCUUUCUUUCUUUCUAGAGAGAGAGAGAGAGAAAUUGUGUGUGUGAAACCCAUGGAAGAGAGAAUGUCAGGAUUCUGCAUCGCCAAAGCUCGAACCCAUCUUCGCAACAGCAACAACAACAAGAACAGCAACAACGAUUACGGCAGCGGGACAAAGUGCGGGCGGUGGAACCCGACGGCGGAGCAGGUCAAGGUCCUGACGGAGCUCUUCCGGUCGGGGCUCCGAACCCCCAGCACCGACCAGAUCCAGAAGAUAUCCAGCCAGCUCAGCUUCUACGGCAAGAUCGAGAGCAAGAACGUCUUCUACUGGUUCCAGAACCACAAGGCCCGCGAGCGCCAGAAACGCCGCCGCGUCAACCUCGACGACAACGACGUCGUUCUCUCAUCCUCGUCAAUCAUAUCCCCACCUUCCAACCUCAUCCGCCGCGACGAUCCCUUUUCCUCCUCCGCUAGAUAUUUUUCAGAGAUGAGCCAUAACAGGCAUCUUCAGUAUUAUAACGAGGAGCCGCCAGCAGCAAAAGCUGAAAGGGUGAUAGAAACGCUUCAGCUGUUUCCAUUAAAUUCCUUCAACGAGGCUACUGAUCAUCAUCAAUACUACUAUGGCCGUAAGGAAGCAGCAGCAGCUGCUCGUGGGUUCUCCUGUGGGUUCAGUUCAGAAAUGGACCAUCCGCCGCUGGAUCUACGAUUAAGCUUCCUGUAAUAAUAUAAGUCGUGGUUAUAUGUAUGGCUAAUAUAAUGUUGUUCUGAUCGAAACAAUGAUGUAAUAUUAGGGUUUUUUAAUUACUACGUAGUAGGGAAACAUCAAACAUGGUGGCUGGAAAGUGAGUUUAUGAUGAGCAGCAGGUGGGAAGUGUCAGUUCUCUUGGUGUAGUGGGUGUUACUAGUGGUGGGUCGUGGUUUCUCUUCAAUCAAUGUAAUAAAUCUAGAAAAGGGAUGGAGAAAUUGACCAAAUCGAUCGGGUCGUGCCUUUGAACAUUCUUCUCUCUGCAUGCUUUUUGUUUCUUGUUUUGCGGUAGAAAUUGUACUAGUGCGCGUAUCUUUCAUUUCAAGCAAAUAUGAUCAGCAUAAUCUUGAUUGAUAAUUAUGUCCUUGAAAUUGGUUUAGUGAAGAUUUUAUAUGAUGGAUACCACCGCUUUGUGUGCUAAUGGUCUUGAGUAAUGUUUUGGAAAACCCAUUGUGGCAUCGUUCAUUUGAUGUUAUUAGAGAGCUAUAAGUGUUGCGUCGGCGUGUCGCUAGUGGUUCACAUUUUAUUGAUUCAAACGGUUUUAAACCCCUUUAAAAUUAUUAAGAAACUAUUUAAUAGAUUCGAAUCUGAGACCUACAAGUUUAAGAAUAAAGACUAGUGAUUUUACCACUAGACCAAGUUCUCGUUCGUUAACAGAAUAGACAUAGUAACACACUAAACCAUUAAGUAUAUAUAUAUAUAUAUAUUUUUUUUGGGGUGAGAACUAAACCAUUAAGUAUAAGUAUGUAACUAGAAAUCUAUUGGUUUAUGGAAAAAACGUUAUCCAAUGAUAACAUGAGUAAUUUUCGGGGAUAGAAACUAUGUAAUCGCAAUGAAAAUAAAACUAGGAAGAUUUGAACAUUGUACAAUCAAGCAUAUAAUUUCUAAAUAACAAGGUAAGUUGUAAUUGGUUGCAUAGAUCAAGAAUCAUACUAUUGAAUAGCAUAUCAUAAUAAUUUUGGACUUAGUUUUCCAAUUUAGCUGGUUUUGGACUUUCAUGAACUGGCUGCACGGUUCGACCCAUUUUGAGCGGUUAAAUAGUAUUUGAUCAUAGCAUGGUAUUGUAAUAUAAAUAUUUCAUCAUGGUAGACUAAUUACUAGAGAGAAGAAAAAAACAGGAAAUGGUGACAAAAAAAAGGGGAUUUAUUAAUUGCUCUGUGCAUACGCUGUUGGAUUUUGAUUUCAUCAAAUUGUUGGUGUAGUAGUAGUAGGAGGAGGGUCUGCCUGGGAAUUUGGAGUGUUUGCUUUUACCGAUCACAAAAGAAAUGUCUGUCCCUCCUCGGACUCCACAAACAAAGACGACUGCUGCCGGCCGGCCGGUCCAUGCACACACAUAUAUAAAUAUAUAGUUGAUCCAAUAUACAAUUAAUUGAAUGAAGAAGUAGUAGUGAUUAAGAUUUCCGUGCAUUGGGUUUAAUUAAGAUCUUGAAUGCCUCCAUCGUUGAAAUUUCUUGCAUCCUUCUACUACAGCGCACAGAUCUCCGUUCACAUCUGGAGGAUUCUCCUUGAGGAUUGUGAGAGGAACAUCACGUAAUUUCCUUUGCAAGUCUCUUAGGUGUGUGAAAGUCUCGACUUUCUGGUGUCCGUUUGCCAGCCAAAUCUCACUUUUGAAUUUAUACGAUCCAUUCCUGCAGCCUGCCUUGCUGCUUUUGGUGAUUGUCAAAAGCUGUCAGUUCACCCCAACCCCAUAGAUUAUAUGGAUUACACGCUUUAGGGAGUGUUUUUUAUCCAAGGUUGUCAAAUCCGCGGCUCGACCCAUUUUGACCUGACACGGUGAGAAAAACGGGCCGUACGUAUGCACCCGUCGGGUCGACCGCUACAAGAUACCGGGAUGGAGGUUAAGUUGUAACAUUUAUUUAUUAGGUUUGCAGAAUGCGCCUAUUUUUUAUUUUUCUUUUCGUCUAACUCAAUAUUUGGAAUUUUAAGUUGAACAUUUGAAUAUUGAUGUUAUAUAAGUGUGUGUGAAUUUUCACCGUAUGUUGCAUCUAAGUACGACAUGUUAUUUUGGUGGAAUAUUAUAUGUCAUAGAUGAGUCAUGAGAUUUGAUAUAAUUUAGGGUCAAUACCUUAAUUUGGCCCGAAUUAUACACAAACUUUCUACUUUGGUCUAUGGUUUCGAAAAUUGCUCUUCCGGCCUGAACUAUGUAUCAUACUUCCUUAUUUGGCCCGAAGGCAGGUUUGACCGUUAGAUCGGACGGUCAACAGAGUUGACCGUUAGUCAAUGCCCAGCUCACUUGGCAACGUCAGCGAGCAGAUAAUAAAAAAAUUAUUUUUGGAAUUUCUGUAUUUUUUUCCUUCCUUAUAAUUAUAAUAAACAUAAUUUUUUAUUUCAUUUCUUAUAAAAAUAUAGAAAUUAAAAAAAUAUAUAUUUUAUUAUCUACUCGUUGAUGUGGCCAAGUGAGCUGGCCAUCGACUAACGGUCAACUCUGUUGACCGUUCAAUUUAACGGUCAAACCCGCCUCAAGGCCAAAUAAGAAAGUAUGAUACAUAGUUCAGGCUAGAAGAGCAAUUUCCGAAACCACGGGCCAAAGUAGAAAGUUUGUGUAUAGUUCGGGCCAAACUAAGGUAUUAACCCUAUAAUUUAUUAGGAUAAGUACAAUAUAAUGACUCUUUUCAUAUUCUGGACUAAAUCCGUUGACCCAUUAACCCUUGACACACUAGCUCGAUCGGGGCCGGAUCAGCCCGCGGGCUGACAACCUUGAUUUGAUCUCUCUCCUUUUUUUUAUUAUCAAAAUGUAUUAAUGUAAAAAUGUAUGCAUAGUUGCAUACAUAGUUUUUGUUAAUGAAAGGAUAUGUGUCUUACAUACACCUAGUGAUGACAAUUUCAACCCGCCCCGCGGGUAUUACUCGACCUGACCUGCGAUGGGGCGGGUAUUACCCGACCCGCAGUAGCGUGGGGCGGGACAUGGAUAUCUACUUCCGACCCGUCCUGCCCUGUCCCGCCCCGUUCUAGACUCAUUUUAUCUCAAUUUUUUACAAUAUAUAUACAUAUUUCUCCUAUUUUGAUUUUUCUUCAACUAGUUAGAGUCAAUCUUUCAACUUGUUAGGCUCAAUUAUCCAUUCUAUUAUCAAUAUUUUUUAUUCUUAAAGUGUUUUCCCCUACGUUUUAUUGUAAAAAGUAAAAUUUACUUGUAUUUUUUUUUUGAACAACAUGUAAGAAUGGGUCGACCCGCCCCGCCCCGUACCCGCGUGGGUUUUACAUGCCCCGACUCGUAGUAACAUGGUGCGGGGCAUGAAAAUUGAGGUACCCGCCCCGUCCCAUUGCCAUCACUACAUACACCAACAUAUAAAAAUUAUUUUAUGUGCUUUAGUAAAGAUUGUAAUUUUUA